AUGAGCGUGACCAUCCAUGAGUCGCAGAUGAUGCCCUUGUAUGGCGCCGACUCGUCCGACCGUCUCUCCUUUGCACACGCACAAACUUCGUCGACUGCACGCGAGACCCGCGACGCGCCCGCCAAUGGAUCCCACCAACACCAAUCUAUGAACGGGUCCACACAGCAGCGCAAGUCGACCGACCGCCCGAGCAGAGACGACGGCUACUUUGCCUCGAUACAUAGCAGCAAAACCAAGGACCGUCUUUGCGGCAGCACCACCCACGUCGAGCUCGGCCAGAUGAAUGCAAACGACGGCGCCCGAGAGGCGAGUAGAGACUUUCAUGUUCCGCACCUUGGCCAAGUCACCAAUUCCGCUUACAGUGCUGCGCCUGCGCCUGCACCUGCACCUGCACCGUCACCGUCACCGUCGCCCAUGCCUCAACCCGAUGAUGGCACCUCAGCCCUGCAGAUACCCAACCAAGGGCAGCGCGUCUCUUCUCCGCCUGCCUUCAACCACAACAGCCCCGGCCCCUCCCAGCAUCCUCAUCGCCUGCAGCAGCGUCACACCCUCGAGGUCCCCAAAGUGCAGACGUCGCGCGCCCGCGAGCCCCAGCAGAACAACACCGACGACGUCGUCACCGCAAGCGGAAGAUUCUCGCCCACGACGCCCCACCGACGGAGAGGUUCCAUGUCGCUGGUGCGUAGGACCACGCGCUCCAUCCACUCCGACAUGCCCCCCGAGGACGUGCACCAGGACGACGAGGCUGCGCGAUGGGCCGAGCACAUCCGUCAGAAGCGGGCGAGCAAGAGGAAGCGCAAGGAGGACGAAGAUGAGGACCGCGUCGUAGUCGGCACAAAGGUCGACCAGAACCACGUCAAUUGGGUGACCGCCUACAACAUGCUGACAGGAAUCCGCUUCACCGUGUCGAGAACAAACGCCAAGAUGGACCGAGAGCUCACCGAUGCCGACUUUGACGCGAAGCAUAAGUUCUCGUUUGACAUGUAUAUACCCUAUGGACGCAAGAUCCAUUUCGUCGUCAUGAACAACCUGUUUCCUCCACAUCGCGAUAUCCACCGCACAUUCGAUCUCAAGGGUUCGACUAUCGGGCGAGACUUCAAGGAAGAUAACCUCGAGACUAACCCCCGCGCAACACUAAAGGACCUCAACUGGCUGCGCAGGAACCAGCAUCUCGAACUCGGUCCCACCAAAAAGAAAAUGUUCAUCGAGCAAAUGCAAAAGGACGUGAAACUGCUGCAGCGUUUGCACAUUAUGGACUACUCACUUUUGAUUGGUAUCCACGACUUGGAAAAGGGCAACGAGGAGAAGCUGCGAGACAAGACACUCCAGGUCUUUUCGCCGGGCGGUGAAGAGGAGCCAGAACCAGGACCACAUCAGCUCUUACGCACACCUUCAAAACUAGAAAGUGCGCGGAAAGCCAGGGAACUGAGACAAAUGGUCCAGACACAAAAGCCAGUACCGAUGGGGCAAACAUCGAGCAAGAUGCCAGAUGAGUUGGAAGAUCCUAACCGGAACUUUUACUUCUACUCCGACGAUGGUGGCUUCCGAGCCACUCACGAAGAUAAUGCGCCUGGCGAAGAGAUCUACUACCUCGGCAUCAUUGAUUGUCUGACACAUUACUCUUUCAUUAAACGCAUGGAGCACUUUAUCAAGGGCAUUGCCAACACAGAAUCACAAAUAUCCGCGAUUCCUCCAGAGCGGUACGGCGAUCGCUUCAUCAAGUUCAUCAGCGCUGUCACAAAGACGAGGGAAGCAGCUGAGCGGGAGAAGCGGGAAGAGGCCACCAAUAAUCUCAACCAUCUCUCUCUCGACGGCGUUGAUAAUGUCAUCCAAAAGGCUGAGCAUCAGGCUGAUCGCUCACGGAAACAAGGGCACACAGAGGAGAACGUACCGAAUCUACACAUGAGAGCAGUACGCAGCCCUUCUGCAGAAAGAGGCGAAAUAGGCACCACACUUCCGGUAGUUGAGGAGGCUGGCGAGUCUUCGAGUGUUGGCGGACACAGCAACCGGAGCGCUUCAGAGGCGGCUACAGGUGCAAAUGGAAACAGCAGAGGUGUAGCGGCCCCACCACCACAGCUUUCCGGAACACCCUACCUCGGACCUCCACAGCUUCAGGCGAGAGCGCGGUCAGGAGAUAGGGGGAGAGAGCAGGCACAUGGGAGAGCGCCACCAACACCACCAAAGGAGUUUGGGGUGACGGGCAACGAUGGCCGGCCACCUACACCACCAAAGGACGAGUACAUACCCAACAGGAAUUCUGGACCUCCCACACCACCAAAAGAGGACAAGAGCAGAGGAGGCAUUCCCAGGUCAUCGCUAGACAAGGAUCUACCGCGAACACCACUGGAAACCACCAUCCGCGUCAACUAAAAGAAGAAAACUCUGUCUCUCUCUGGAACAAAAGGGCAUCACAAAAUUUCCUUGUUCUUUACCUUUUUUAAUCCAACAUGGCCGGAAAGAAGAAGAAGAAGAGCCUUGUGUGCUAUUAUUGUUGUUUUUUUGCAUACCCAUACCCCCCAAACACCAAGGCUUUCUUGGUUUUGUGUGCGUGUGUAUCUUGCCCCUCCUACCUUGAGCUAUAUAUCACCUUUCAGUUUUCUUCUUGUCUUUUUCUCUUUCUCUCCCUUUUCCUUUGUUUCAGCAAAACCAACAUCCUCUUACCACCCCCCAACCGAACCCCCUUCUUGCGUCACCGCGAAUGCAAUGAUACCAAUGAGCAGAAAUAGCCGUUUUCCGUUCGCCGCUUAACCCUCUCCUCCCCCUUCCCUACGCGUCUACCUCUCUCAAACCCUUUGUGUAUAACAACAGAGGGGGUUGGCUCGGCGGGGAAUAUAAUGCUCGUGU